AUGGCUUCAAGUCGCUUUACAAACGAACGGACUAAGUGCCUGAAGCUUCACUGCGUUGUGCUGCUGUCUUCUGUCGCGGUGUACCUGAACGGCCUCUUCGGCGACUACGUUCACGACGACAUCAGUGUUAUCGUCCAGAACAGGGACGUGCAAGGGACAACGCCACUUAUGCACGUCUUUGUCAACGACUACUGGGGACGGAGGCUCGAUCAUCCGCUGUCGCACAAAAGCUAUCGUCCCCUCGUCAUCCUUAGUUUCAGGCUGGAGCGAUGGCUGUUGGGACGGAGUGAGCCUAGACUGUCCCACGCUGUCAACUUGCUGCUGCACUGCGCGGUGGUCUGUCUUUACACCCACGUGCUGCUCAGGGUGCUGAUGCUGCCCUCUACUGCCGUGCUGCUCAGUGCGCUGCUGUUUUCUGUGCAUCCCGUGCACACCGAGGCCGUGACCGGCGUGGUAGGUCGGGCAGACGUCGCUGCAGCCUUCGCGUUCCUCGCCUGCUUCUUGGCCUAUCACAAGGCUAUCGAGAGACACAAGCGCUUCUGCGAUCGCGCUGCAGCCUCUGAUCGUCAGCCUAGACAAGCCUCUCUCAUGUGGAGCUACUUCUGGGCCGUCCUCGGCGUGCUGUGUAAAGAGCAGGCCAUCACGGCGCUCGCUGUCUGCAUUGUCUGGGAUGUUUGCCUCACCUACAGACGAUUACUUGGAGGGAGAGUUUUGGACGAGAUUCGAGCAUUGCUAACCGGCGUGGUGGUGAUACGAGUGACGAUGAUGGGCUCCCGCCCCCUCUUCUCAGAGCAGGACAACCCUGCCUCCUUCAGCACCAGCGCCACCACCAGGUACUGCUCACUCCAGGUACUGCUCACUCCAGCCCAGAACUGCUGGCUGUUGCUGUGCCCGUCAUCGCUGUCGUGUGACUGGCAGCUCGGCUCCGUGCCGCUCCUGCGACACCCGUGGAGUGAUGCCCGAGUGCUGGCCUCGCUGGCACUCGGAGUCGUGCUGCUGCUGCUGCUCAAGCGAGCCAUACAAGAUCUCUGUACAGAGGAAGGUCGAGCUCUACUGUGGUCGCUGGCUGUGAUGCUGUGUAGUUUUCUGCCAGCCUCAAAUCUAUUCUUCCCCGUAGGCUUCGUGCUAGCGGAGCGCCUUCUUUAUAUUCCGAGCUUGGGUUAUUGUACGAUUGUCGGCAUGGGUAUGACCCGCCUGCUAUUCUACGGGCGGCCUUCGGACGGAAAGAAAAAUGGCCAAACAUUUGAGGUGCACAAAAGGACCGGAGGAAAAUUACCAGCGAGCCGUUUGUGUACCUCCAGUGGCGGUGCAAAAGAUCUGGCAACAGAAGAGGGCAGUGGAAACAAUGGCAAGUCACGGAGCUGUUUAAACAACGGUCUAUGGCGGCCCUUAAGUAUAAGGCAUUGCACAGAGAAGAAAAUAUGCUUAUGUGGUCUCAAGCAGAACUCAAACACAACGAUAAGAGUUUGCGAAGAAACUCUGGACAAAACCACCGAAAAACCAUUAUCGAGGCUUUCAUUGUUAGAAAAAUACGCAUUCAGAGAUUCGUCCGGAUAUUCAUCGGCUCAUUCAUCCUGCGGAAGUACUAACAAUCAUUCACCAAUAUCUUCGCCUUAUUCGUCCCCUUUAGAAGCCUCUACAAGACCGCCUGCUGUCGUGUGUCAUCAAAUAACAAAGACAUUACUUGAUGGUACUCACUCGCGCAUUGCAAAUCUUGAAACUUCUCAUCUAAGCAAUAAUUUUUCCGCUUCACAAGUCGCGGCCUCCAACAUCUCCCAGUCUUUGUCAGCCUACUUGAAGGAAGCUUUGAGGAAGAACGACGGAAAAUUUGGUUCAUCAGUUAAUGGGGUUCGUAAUUGGAAAAAUUUAUCUGACAUUGGAAAUAAAACUAAAUAUCAUGAAGAACCUAACAAAAAUUUUGGAGAAACUAGCACUUACUACGCACUAACGUCAAUGUCUGAUAGAGCCAGCUACCAGCUGCGAAUGGAUUCGUCUACCAAGAAGAGCUUCGCAGUGUCAUCGCACGACGGCGAUUCGAAUCUUUCAUCGAAAAGAAGCCAUCAAUGUUUAGCAUACGAUACAAAUUUUAGAGAACGACAAUGCAAGCAGCUUUGUAGCAAAACAAAGAAGCAACGUUUAGGGAAUGUAGUAUACAAAGAGUUUUCGUGUAGAAAUGAGGCCUUGAAUCAUACGAAGCACAUCUGCAGCAUCACCUCAAGUGCCUCUAGGAUUAAACGAAGGAAAUUCGAAUUGUCGAAGGAAAAGAAUUCAUCAUAUUUACAAUUGAAUUUAAAAAACUACUUUUCAUUCACAUUCACACAUAAUUUCGCAAGAAGACUCGGGCAGUUAUGUCUCGUUGCCACUUUCUUUUUCUUCGUUCACAAAUGCGUCCUGAGAAACUUCGACUGGACUUCGAGAGAAACUCUUCUUCGCUCCGGUUUAGCUGUGUUGCCGCACAACGCUAAGUUUCACUACAACUACGGCAACCUGAUGAGAGAGCGACACGACUACGACCAAGCGGUGCAUCACUACACUCAAGCCAUCAGGCUGUGGCCGCAGUACCCCAGCUGUGGCCACAGUACCCCAGUACCUAAUACACUCUGUUGUGCCAGGCUGUGGCCGCAGUACCCCAGUGCCCGCAACAACCUUGCUGCGGUUCUUGUACUGCAAGGCAAGUUGCCACAGGCCGAGCAGCAGCUGCAAAUGGUGGUCCAGCAGUUCCCUGUCCAUCAGAAUGCCGCUCUCAACCUCGCAAAAUUAUAUGCGAGGAAGCAGUGGUACGAGGCAGCCCGGCGAGUCCUGGAGAACGCCUUCCGCGUGGACGCAGUCUUCAGAGACCCGUCCAUCAGUGAGCAGAUGGAGCAUUUGCUUAGCAGUCUUCAGCAACACGACCAGAAGAUACAACUUGACGAGCAUCGAACUACCAGUACUAGAAACAUGGAACUCAAUACCAAAAAUUCUGAGAAGGGCCUCGAAAAAUAUUAUGUAUAUACGAAAACUUCCGUGUUAGGGACUUGCGAUUUAGUGUUUGAGUCUUCAAUUAACUUUGAGAAUUCUCACAGCUGUGACAGAAAUAGCCCAACAUUGUUUAGAGUAUCUGGCACAAAAGAAAAAAUGGCUUCAGCUAUUAAAGCUCCAGUUCUUCUUUUUCAACGUUCAUCUCAUUUACGAUGGGGCUCCCAAUGAUCAAUAAUAAUAAUUUAAUAAUAAAAAUAGCGGUUUCAGCGUUUAUAAGGCCGUAGGCCUGCCACCGAUUCUUUAAUCACAGAACAUUCACAGUUUG